AAGCUUUUGAAGACGAGCUCUUGGUGCCUUGGGCGUCGUGCUUCUGCCUUGCAUAAUCCAUGAUUAGGCGGCGUCGUUAGAUCACCGCAGACAAGCUCUUCCAUCUCGCAGAGGAGACUUAAAGGGCUUUGGCGUGUGUGCUUUCCUUCAGUUACGACAAUCAUCCCCGCCAUCAUUGUGCCCCUGCACCCAUUGAAUCACUGGAGCCUGAAGCUGAUGGAUGCCCAGCGCGAUCGUGAACUUGGAGCGAAGCGGACGAAAAAGCUGGUGCCAGAAGUUCAAUCACAGCCCUUGUCAAAGGUCUUCCUACACCCGCUCGGUUGGACGCGUGAGAGCGGCGUGACCGUCCCCCAGGCGAGAUGCCUGCCAACGAUGUCGGGCCUUCGCUCUACGACUCUCCGCAAUGCACUAUCCGUCCAAUCCAGCUAUAUGAUGCGGUUCCCAGCGCGCCUCUGCGCAUGGAAAGACCAGAUGCUGUUCAAACAAUCGCCAGAGGAAAGCAGAGGGAAGAUGCACGACGCGAGAAGUCCCAGAAAAGCCUUCGCGAAGUUCCUGUUCCCAAUCUUGAUUUUGUCGAUCUGAGCUACGCGACCGCGUUUGCUGCCUGCUGCGCAGUGGCGGAUAAGACAGGAUUCUCCUACGUUCACAAAGGAAGUACAUCACGGAACCCAAUCCUGAUAGACUCUGAAUCUCCACCUGCAUUGCAUGCAAAAUGUUGCGAAGCUAUAUCGACACGAGUAGAGGCUUCGUCCGCACGCAGGAACAAGGGAAUAGCUGUGGGCAACAAAUGCUCGAGCUCAAGGCGAGCGACAUCGACCAAGGAGGUUCUGGCGCAGCACCACCCGCAGUUACCUGUAAACAAGCGUAGACGCGUGGAAAUCGACCUAUCAUCUGCGCUCAGCACUCCCUCCAUCUCGUCAACGCCAGUUGCUUCCACUUCGAUUCAACCAGCACAUUGCGGCUCAGGGUCAGAGGAUGAACUCACCAAUCAUGCCGAGGUCAGCGUUGAAGAGGCUGCAAUGAACAGAAAGUUCCGGGCGAACGAAGCCGGCUUCACGCUGGUGGACACACGCUUGGCCUACCGGAUCGAAGCGCAGUCGUGUGAUGUGCAAGAAUUUGCCGCUCUCCAUCAGCUUCUCGCCCUUGAAGAAGGGCGGGGAACGGCGCUCAGGGUUUCGCUGAGCGCUUCUAAAAAGCUCUCCAAGGGCCAAGACGACCAAGAUCCGGUUGCUCUCGAAGGGGACGAAGCAGCAGCUGGACAUGCGCAUAGUCCGCUUGCCAACAGCACGUUGCACGCCUACCUUGCUGAUAUCACCGGCUGUGUCCCUUAUUCCACGGCUUCCGCCGCGCAGCCUCCUUUCUUGGCCACGCUUCCACUGCUCAACAGUUCGCUGCACAACCCGACUCCGCGUGGCCUGACGAAUGGCACGUGGGUACUGGCAGCGCUGCGCCUUCAUGCCCAGGGACGAGUCAGGCUCGAAGCUUCACUGGCUCGUUUCGAACCUCAAGACAGGUAUGCAGAUGAAAGCGGCAGCGAUCAAGCUGAAGAAAAUGAAUGCCUUGACUUCUGCCUCCAUAUCAAAGUGGAUGUUUUGCAGGCUGCCUUCAGCAAGGCAAGCGACUGUCGCGUUGCAAGGGAUACGCUUGACGUCUUGAGAUUUGCCGCUGGGCUGCCGCAGCGAUGCACUACGGAGCAAGCCCGUAAUGAGCGGGAGACGUUCUCGGCAUUGCAGGAGACGGUCGCAGUGGAGGUUGAUAACGAUGCUACAGAAGACGCGGAUGAAGAUGCAGAAAUACUGCGCAAGACGCCCCCGGAUGCGUCGCUCGUGUACGAAUCGAUGCCGAGUCCCAGCCGUGCUUUAGAUUACGGUGCUACGAUCCUGCAGCACCCCGACCUUGUCCCGACGCUCCUCCCGUUCCAACGGCGCAGUGUCGGAUUUCUGCUUGGGCGCGAGGGCAAGAGGUUUGAAGUUGCAGGGAAAGAUGGUCAGUUCGAGCUUGUCGAAGCGAAGGGGAUCAUGACCGCACGCGGUACAGUGCCGCUCGGCUUUUGGUAUGAAGAGGUGUUCUUGUACGCACUCCCUGGGGAGAGGCUGUUUUUCGACAGCAUGUACGGCUGCUUUACGCAUGACGAAGAGGCUGCUGCAAAGAGGGAUGUCAAGGGUGGUAUCCUUGCGGAAGAGAUGGGUCUCGGAAAGACCGUAGAGAUCAUUGCUCUUAUUCUCCACAACCCAGCGCCGGCGUCGCAUACCAGCGCACCGGCUUACUACAAUGCUCCACUCGAGUUGCACGUUACUCCGGUCAAGGCGACGCUGAUAAUCGCGCCCGAGACGCUCCGGGAGCAAUGGAUCGAAGAGAUGGCGCGACAUGCCCCCUCGCUGACGGUCUACAGCUUUCCUGGACACGUACAAGCCGCCAAAGACGUCGUUGCUUUUGCGAGAAAAUGCCAAGAGGCUCCGUCUCCGGCGCCAGCAGGCGGAUCGGACAGCGCCAAGGAGAACGGCAUCGGAUGGGUCGAUUUUGCGCAGCGCUUUGAUGUGAUCAUUGUUUCCUUUCCAGUGCUUUCGCACGAGCUGCACACUGCACGAACGGCACCGGAGAGGAGUAGAAGAAAGGAGCGCAAGUAUGAGCGUCCGAGAAGCCCACUCAUCCAGCUGGAGUUUCACCGCGUGUGCGUUGAUGAGGUGCAGCUGUUCUCGAAAGGGGCCAUGCUCAACCAGGCUUUCCAGACGGUGUCGAUGAUUCCCCGCCAGUCGAGCAUUGCCGUCUCGGGAACGCCUGUCAAGAUGAUCCGUGAUCUGCAGUCUAUGUCGCAAUUCCUGCGAAUACCGGGCUUCGAGCUCGCCCACGCCACAGAGCACCUCGUUUCGGCGCGAAUGAAGCCGCAGUUGAUCAGGAUGCUGCGCCUGCUGAGCACACGCCAGACUAAGGACAACGUGAGCGAGGAAUUGGCGAUUCCUAAGCAGAUUCGCCAGCUUGUCCCAGUCAACUUCACCAGCAUCGAGAGCGCAUUCUACAAAGAUCAGUGGAACCUUGGCCUCGCCGAGCUCGGCCUCCGCGACGAUGGGAGCAAGGUCAGAGAGACGAUGGAGCUAGACCCGCCACUCAUGCGCGACAUUCUUUCGCGUCUGCGACGCGCCUGCACGCACCCGCAUAUUGCGAUGCGAAGCGUGAGGAACACGCUAGCGUACGGUGCAACAUUCAAUCUGCGCUCCAUCGAUGACGUACUUGAUCUAAUGCUCGAACGCACGCGCGCGGACUGGUACCGGACGCGUCUCGGCCUCGUGUCCAAAUCGAUCGACAGGGUCUCACUGAUGCUUCAGAACAAAGAUGAUGGUGACCGACACCUCAAAGCGCAAGAUACACUCGAGACACUGAAAGAAGAAUGCACAGCAACUGUGGCUGAAAUUGAGGCUACCCUUGACCAAGCGCGGCUCAGGGGCCCUCUCUAUCGGUUCACAGAGGACGAGGUCGCACAGGCCACUAGCAGACGUGGCGAGGAGGCCGAAUCGGAGGAGACUGAAGCUCUCAGGGCAAGGAACCUUCAUAUGCGCGAUGUUCAAGGGCGCUUACGAGGUUGGCUUGAACAACUGCAUCGCACAUACCAAUUCCUUGGAAAUACUUGUUUUCAAAUUGGAGAGCUCCUCAAUGCGUCUGGAGGGAGCUCCGCACCGGGCGGGCAAAAGGAAAAGCUCAAAGAGCGGGAGAAUGAAGCAUACGAUGCUGCGGAGAGCGUUCGGCAGGAGCUACUGAGAGCGACGCGGGAGCACGCCCAGCAUGCGAGGAGCAAUAUCAAUCGCCGCCGUGCCGAUUGGACACUGCAGGAUUGGCAGGUAGAGCAUAAUUUUGACGUCGGCGGCGGCAUUGCAGUCGCCCCCCACUUUUCAAGGCUUCAAGCCCUGCAACAGCUGCUCGACGAGAAUGCCAAGGUCCUCCUAUUGUGGCGUGACCGGAUCCUUGAGCGCAUCACCAAAGAUAUCAACCGCGAAAUUGACCAACAAAAUGAAGCAGACGACCAGUACAAGGACAAUCUUGAUGCUCAGCACGAAGCGGAGGCUCUGCUGGAGAUGUAUAGGGUCCUGAUGGCGGAGCGCGAGCUGAUCCUCACUGGCAAGCACGUCGUCAAUUCAACAUCCAAGCCACAACUCUUUGCAACACUAGAAACGGUCGUUCGCGAGGCACGCCGGAACGAAUUGCUCGGCCUCGGGCGGACCCAGGAGGAGGAGGAGGCCCUGGAUGCCCAGCGUGUGCAGCUGGAGCAUUUUAAAGCGCUGGAUGACGUGCGCAACCAAGUCAAGUUGCGGGGCGGUACGCCUUCUGUCGCAGACACGAUCGUGAGCCUCCGCGAUUCUGCUGACAGGAUUUCGAAUCCAGAAGAGACUUUGCUCUUGCGCGAAGCAACUCUUGACGCUCGAGAGAUGCUCAGCCGGCAAACGAAGCUGCUCGAUUCCGCCAAGCGCGACGCAAAUCUCAUGUCUGCUCUCUACAAUGGUCGUUCAGCAUACUUUGAGCAAUUGCAAUCGCUUUCAGACAUGGUGACAGACGUUCCGACGAACAACCCCCUCCAUGACAUUUCAAAGUGCAAAGCAGAGGAAGAAGCUGCCCAUCUAAAGAUCGGCACACUCAGCCGUCGCCUUCGGUACCUGCAGCACCUCAACUCGUCCCGAGAAGUCGAGGACCAAGAUUCAGAGGUGCAGGAAUGCUUCAUGUGCACAGACGUCAUUCGCAGAGGCGUGCUGACGGACAAGUGCGGACAUGUGGCGUGUGAAUCGUGCUUCAACGAGUGGCUCAAGUCCAAGCGUACCUGCCCCAUGUGCAACACCAAGCUAGUCGGCCCCGCUGACUUUCACCGCAUCGUGUAUAGGCAACUCUCCCCAGGCGUCGAGCAGAGAUCUUCUGUGCAGACGCUGAAUUUGCAGCAUUUUAACUGCCUUCAGGGAGACCCACGCAAAGACAUCGAGGUUCAGUCUGCAACAGGGCGAUUUGGCAGCAAGAUGGAUCUGCUUGUCAAGCACAUUCAAUACAUCCAGCGCACUACAGGAGAAAAGUCCGUCGUGUUCAGUUCCUUCACCCGCGGCUUGGACCUUGUCGAGCAAGCGUUGCGCGCUAACGCCAUCCGGAGCGUACGAUUGCAAGGUUCAGGCUCCGUUGCAGGCGCAGCCGCGCAGCGUUUCAGAACAGAACCCGAACUCGGCGUCUUUUUGCUUCAUUCAGAGGGACAGUCAUCCGGACUUAAUCUGCUCUGCGCCUCGAACGUUUUUCUUUUGGAACCACUCGUCAACCAUGCGCUCGAGCUCCAAGCAAUCGGCAGAAUCCACCGCAUCGGCCAGCCGCGUAAAACCCAUGUGUUUACCUACUUUGUUCUUGAUACUGUCGAAGAGAACAUCAUCGCCCUGUCUCAGCGCAAAGGCCAUUCCCUUUACGAAAUGUGUCAGCAUCGCCAGCAAGAAGAUCCAGCCCUCUUCACCGUGCAGGCGUCUCAGAACCAGCCUCCGACCCACCGAGCGGCGCGUGGCGACUUUGUUUCGUCAGUGGAUGACCUUUUUGUCUGCUUCUUUGCAUCAUGAGCUCGUACCUCUAAUGAAAGGUGGCAGUCCAUGCACGUAGCGUGUCCUCAGCAAUCUUCUACAGCAUCGUGUUUCAAAGUCGGCCAAUAGACUGCAUUUGGCUACCUUAGCAUCAGAAAUAAAU